AUAACUCCAAAGAUGAAAUUAGAGAAGACAAGCAACGAGUUUAUCAGAUUUUUAAUGAACUAACGGACGGGUUCUUUGACGAACUUGUAGAAAAUCCGGAGGACCAAUCCUUAGUUAAAAACCUUCAAGACCUAAAAGAACAGAUUACCGAAGCCUUAGAAAAAUAUCGUCGGGAGGACCCAACUAUCCCCCUCGAACAACUAGCUCAGCAUUUCCAAAAAGCAGAUUUUACCGACGUGCCCGGUUUACUGGAAAAAAUGCUGAAGAAAACCAAGAAG